UUUUUUGCCAAUAUCCGCCACCUAAUAAUUAUGAUAAGCUGGAAAAAUGGUACUUCUUCGUGUUAUAAUUUAUGGACAGACUACUACUAAAGGAUCUAUAUGUAAAAUGGCAUCUGUUUUAUUGACUAAAAGUGUUGAAACACAUUAUUCUGGCACUGGAAAAAUUAUAAAAGGAACUGGAAAACUUAACUUCAGUAGUACAGAAAGUUUUAAAUGCAUGAGAGAUGUAGUCACCAAAAAAUUCGGUGAUUCGGAAGAAUGCAAAAAUUUUGUUGAAAAAGUUGGGAAAUGGCUUUCUGGUUGUAAUGACCGAGAGCAUGGACGAAAAGAAAGAUCUCUUUCGACAUAAAUUAUUUUUUAUUUUUAUAUUUUUGAUUUUUUAAUUUAAAACUUAACAAAUAAGUUAAGAACCAAGUUAUUUUCAACUUGUAAAAACAAAGUCACUACUUAUAAUGUUUCACUCAAAUAAGAAUUAUCUAGAAUAAUAAAAAA